GGCGCGAAGAGCAGCGUAUUGACGUCAUUAACCGGCGGCGAGGAAGCACGUGACUUUCUUCUCUAGAGCUCCGCCUACCGCGUCCGCUUCAUUUUCUUUACACACAGACACCGAUGGGGGACGGAGAAAAGCUAAAUAUCGACUCCAUCAUCCAACGCCUCCUGGAGGUAAAAGGCUGCCGUCCUGGGAAGAAUGUUCAGCUGGCGGAGAAUGAGAUCCGGGGCCUGUGCCUGAAAUCCCGCGAGAUCUUCCUCAGUCAGCCAAUCCUGCUGGAGCUGGAGGCGCCGCUGAAGAUCUGCGGAGAUGUGCACGGUCAGUACUACGACCUGCUGCGACUGUUCGAGUAUGGCGGCUUCCCCCCCGAGAGCAACUACCUGUUCCUGGGAGAUUACGUGGAUCGGGGGAAGCAGUCGCUGGAGACCAUCUGCCUGCUGCUCGCCUACAAGAUAAAGUACCCCGAGAACUUCUUCCUGCUGAGAGGCAACCACGAGUGCGCCAGCAUCAACCGCAUCUACGGCUUCUACGAUGAGUGUAAGCGUCGGUACAACAUCAAGCUGUGGAAAACCUUCACUGACUGCUUUAACUGCUUGCCUGUAGCUGCCAUUGUGGAUGAGAAGAUCUUCUGCUGCCACGGAGGUCUCUCCCCUGACCUACAGUCCAUGGAGCAAGUGAGGAGGAUCUUACGUCCCACUGAUGUCCCAGACCAGGGGCUCCUGUGUGACCUGCUGUGGUCUGACCCAGACAAGGACGUGCUGGGCUGGGGGGAGAAUGACCGGGGGGUCUCCUUCACCUUUGGGGCCGAUGUAGUGGCAAAGUUUCUUCAUAAACAUGACCUGGACCUCAUCUGCCGAGCCCACCAGGUGGUAGAAGACGGUUACGAGUUUUUCGCUAAGCGCCAGUUGGUGACGCUCUUCUCGGCCCCCAAUUACUGUGGGGAGUUUGACAACGCGGGUUCCAUGAUGAGUGUGGACGAGUCUCUCAUGUGCUCCUUCCAGAUCUUGAAACCCGCGGAUAAGAAACUAUUUGCUUAUGGGGGAGUCAACCAGAGCCGCCCCAUCACCCCCCCACGGAACAAAAACAAACAGUCCAAAUGACCCCUCACACACUGACCUCCUUCCUCAGUCUCCCCCAAUCUGCACCCACAGAGGGCGGGGCCUGGGGACCUUACUUUUACCUCUCACGGGGGCACCUGCAAAUAGAACCACUUCUCUGCCUUAAUCUUCCCCCUCCCCCGCCCCAUAAUUCCUAGAGCCCCUCCCAGUGGUGCCUUAUUGCAGUGACAUCUCAGGGGUGGGUGUAUUGUGUGGGGCACCUCCCUCUUGUGGCAUUAACUCCGCCCCCUCUGUACAUAGCAACUUGGCUCUCCGUGUGAUUGGUUCCUCAGGCUGUCUGUAUAGGAAUACGCUGAGUCCUGAUUGGUGCUUUCAUUCUCCCCACGCCCCCUUGUUACCAACUGGGUGCUACAAUUAGAGUAGAUGCAGGGGUUAAUGGCAUUUCAAGGGUAACUAAGACUACCCCCUGAAUAAUAUGCUGGAAUGGGUGGUUGGCUCAGUAAUUGGGCAUUGUUACUAUUGCACAGGUGCAUUGUGGGUGAAUGGGUCAGUGCACUCCAAUUGCUUCUUGCUCCCCCCACAGAACCCCCAUAUCACAUGACGAGUACAAACCACUAGUGUUACUACUGACCAUUCCUGACUGGGGGCGGAGUCACAGGUGGGGGAGGGCUGUUGAUAGGCCUGUAGGACUUUGCUGCUACACUUUCUAUUGGUUCUUGUCCCGGGGGGCAAUCGCUGGCCCCUCACUGGGACCUCUUGUGCUGGGGGGUAAGAUUGUUUGCAGCAUGGAACUCCUUGUGAAAUUGCUAGUGGGGGGGGGGGUGUUGAUAAUGAGCAUGUCGGAGGGAAUGGGGGGGCUCUGAAUGGGGGUGGGGGGAUUUUGUGUGCGUCUUUUCUUCUGUAAGAGCUACGGCUUUUUAUUAAACCUUUUUAUCUCAUUGGAAUGGA